UAAGGAAACAACAAAACGGUGUGACAAGCGUUUUGGCGGACAAUUGUGGCUUUCUGCGAGUAACUCAUACAAUCCAAGGAGUGAUGGGGGGCACCAUCAACCUCAUCCCCCUCUCUGAAUGAGAACUUAUUAGUCAUCCCUUUGGUUUAAUGAGACCCAUUGAACAGACACCGUGGAACAAAUGCAUGAAUCAAAUAUUCCUGUGUUCAUUGAAUCUCUCCAGAAGAGUCUUACUUUUACAUGGGCAAGGAAAGGGGGUCGUGGCUUAACAUUAUAAAGGGGGACAUUACAGUAUGCUUCAUGGGUUUAUUUAGAUUGAAUCUACGGUUUGACAAGCGGCUGUAAAGAAAAAAACUAAACAAAGCGAAACUCGGGAAGAGCAUUGUGGACCUACGAAUUUUAGCCUAUAUUUAUCAAAUUUAUUUCUAUUCAUUGCUCUUUUUAAAAGUGGUACCACCUCUUCUCCUGAAAAUGAAACUUUGGACUUUUCCCUGGCUGCUUUGCCUGGUGAUUCUCAUCUUAUGUUUUGGAUCAGAGUGCGGGACUGUCCGGAGAAAGGGGAGAUCCAAAAGAGACUUGGUGCGUAUCAGGGAGGCGAGAGCCACCUUUCCAGGGGCUUGUGCCACACGUCUGCCCCGGGGCAAACGCUCCUUGCCCGGCUUGGAACGACGUGUACCUCGCCAGCGCCGGCGCUCCUCCCAAGCGGAGGAGAACUCUCCAGGUCGUGGGAAAGCUGUUUAUUUUACCGGCAGGGGUGACCAACUUCGGCUUAAGCCGGGCGUGGAGAUACCGAGAGGAAAUUUUACGCUGGAGAUGUGGAUCAAACCAGAAGGAGGUCAACGAUCUCCUACGGUGAUUGCAGGUCUGUAUGAUAAGUGUUUCUAUGCCUCCAGUGACCGGGGCUGGCUGCUGGGCAUCCGGGCGAUCAGUGAGCAGGGCAACUGCGACCCACGCUUCUUCUUCUCCUUAAAGACGGACCGUGCCCACAAAGUUACCUCCAUCCACUCCAAUGGCCAAUACCUGCCCAACACCUGGGCCCACCUGGCAGUAACCUACGACGGCCUCUACAUGAAACUCUACGUCAACGGCGCCCAGGUGGGUGUUAGCCGGGAACAGUCGGGCAACGUCUUCAGCUAUCUAACCAAGAAGUGCAAGGUGCUGAUGGUGGGCGGGAACGCUCUGAACCAUAACUACCGUGGGGCUGUGGAGAGGGUCAAUCUGUGGAGGGAGGCCCGGGGACAGAGGCAGAUAAUCAGGGAUAUGCAGGGUCACGAGGAUCCUCAAGAUGCGCCUCAGCUGGUGAUCCGGGAGACCUUUGAGCACCCGGCCAGAAAGUGGCUGACUGUGAAGGAUGGCAGCUUCCCCCAGCAAGAGGAGGGUAGCAGCAGCAGGGUGGGGCAAGCUGAAGGGGUAGGAGGAAGUGGAAGUGGAGGGUCCUUGGAUACCACCCUGGAACCUCCAAGCUGUGGUCAAACUAUCUGCGAUAACGUGGAAGUGGUGACCAACUACAACCGCACCUGGACCUUCCGGAAACCCAAGACGAUCCGAUACCGUGUGGUCAACGUGUGGGACGAUGCUGGGCGCAGGCCCACUGUCACGCCUCAUCAGAUCCAACUGCAACACCAGGACCUCAACAAGGCCUUCGCUGUCUACAACAUCACCUGGGAGUUGAGCGUCCACAACGUCACCAACUCCUCCCUGCGCCACCGUCUGGUCCUGGCCAACUGUGACAUCAGCAAAGUGGGCGACGAGGCAUGUGACCCAGAGUGCAACCACACACUGACGGGCUUCGACGCAGGCGACUGUAAGAGGCACCGCAGCCGAUGCCCCGAGUACAAGCAGGGCAACGGGGUGUGCGACCCUGAGUGUAACUGGGACCACUUCUUCUACGACAACGGAGACUGCUGUAACCCCAAUGUGACAGAUGUGACCAAGACCUGCUUCAACCGCUCCUCUCCACACAGAGCCUAUUUGGAUGUAAAGGAGCUGAAAGAGAUCCUGAAUCUGGAUGGCUCCACUCACCUGAACGUCUUCUUUGCCAACUCGUCUGAUGAAGAUCUGGCCGGUGUCGCCACUUGGCCGUGGGACAAAGAAGCCCUAACACAUUUGGGUGGUAUUGUUUUGAACCCCUCCUUCUACGGCACAUUUGGUCACACCCACACCAUGAUCCAUGAGAUCGGCCACAGUCUCGGGCUGUACCACGUGUUCCGGGGGAUCUCUGAGAUUGAGUCGUGUAACGAUGCGUGUCUGGAGACUGAGCCCUCGUUGGAGACAGGAGAUCUGUGUGAAGACACUAAUCCCACACCCAAGUACAAGUACUGCAGAGACCCUGAGCCUGGCAACGACACCUGCGAGCGUCGCCACUUCACACACACACCGUACAACAACUACAUGAGCUAUGCAGAUGAUGACUGUACAGACUCUUUCACCCCCAACCAAGUGGCACGGAUGCACUGCUACCUGGACCUGAUCUACCAGACAUGGCAGCCCACAUCCAAACCACCCCCUGUGCCCAUGGCGCCCCAAGUGGUGGGGCAGGAGCAUGACGCCAUUACCCUGGAGUGGUUCCCGCCUAUCUCCGGCCACUUCUACGACAGAGAUGUGGGAUCAGUGUGUGAUAAAUGCACAGAGGGCCGGGUCCUGCUGCAGUACGCAUCUAACUCCUCGUCCCCCCGACCCUGCGCCCCCUCUGGACACUGGAGCCCCCGCGAGGCCGAAGGACCUCCAGACGUGGAGCAGGCGUGUGAGCCCAGCGUGCGCACCUGGAGCCCCAACGCCGGCAUCGAGCAGGGGGCCGUGGGACUGUCCGAGUGCCCACUGCAGGGAUGCAUGCUCCAGCUAGAGUUCCCCCACCCACUGGUGCCCGACUCCCUCACUGUGUGGGUCACCUUCUUCAGUCCCGAGGAGACGGCCUUUCCCGCCAUCCACAACAUCCUGCUCCUGACCGUGAGUGGAAACAACCUUUCGCUGGGCCCUAGUAACGUGUUCUGUGAUACGCCACUGACGCUGAAGCUGGACGUGGAGGAGGAGGUGUACGGUGUGCAGUUCUUCACCAUGGAGCAGCACCUGGAGAUUGAUGCUACCCUGCUGGCGUCUAAGCCCAACUGCCUGCUGUGCCGCCACUGCAAGCCGCUCCGCCACCGACUGCUGCGCCAGCCACCAUUCUCCCAUGCCCCCCACGGUGUGGUGUUGAACGAACCUGCCAGGCGAUACACUGACAGGGACGUGGUACCAAGCAGUGUGUACACCUACCAGGUUCCAAACCAUCUCAGCCACAGUGAGAGUGAACCCUCCCCACCCCUCACCCACCAGCUUGGGGCACCAUACUGCGGAGACGGGCGCAUCCAGAGGGCCCAGGGAGAGGAGUGUGAUGAUAUGAACUCCAUGAAUGGAGACGGCUGCUCCAGCCAGUGUAAGAAGGAGCCCUUCUUCAACUGUGUUGAGGAGCCCAGUAUGUGUUACUUCUACGAUGGUGACGGAGUGUGUGAGGACUUUGAGCGGGAGACCAGCGUGAGGGACUGUGGCCUGUAUACCCCCAGUGGCUUCUUGGACCAGUGGGCCACAGCCGUGCACGUCUCCCACCAGGAGAGUCUCUAUUGCCCUGGCGAGGUGGCCGCCGGCUAUCCUGCUGUCACUAAGACAUGCCAGUCCAAGGUGUUUGACCUGUCUGACGGGGUUUCCCAGUACGCCUGGUUCCCCUGCAGAGAGGCCCAGCAGUCCUCCUGGUACCCCCAGUACUGGCUCAAGGCCUACUUUUCCCACCCCAUGGUGGCUGCUGCUGUGAUAAUCCACCUAGCUGCAGACGGGACAGGCUACAUCGACCAGACACAGUGCAACAUCACCGUUCAACUGGUGGACACCAAGGAGGUCAUCCACAGCUUAGGUGAUUGGCGUCUGACUUGCAGGACCAACCCCCUGGUAAUCCCAGUGAGCCAUGACCUGAGCGUGGCCUUCUACCGCACCAAGGCCAUCCUGGUCCAGUUCCGCUCCCACCUGGUGGCCAUCUCUGGCGUGGGCCUGCGCUCCUUCCAGUUCUUUGACCCAAUCACCAUUAGCGGGUGCCAGAGCAACGAGAUCUACAACCCCAUGGGUCAAAG